AUGUGCACGGAGAGUGGAAAACCGAGGACGACUGGGAAGCAACGUCUCUCUGUCGGCAGCCAAUGAGAGAAAACAACAGCUCCUCUUCAGCCAAUCGCUGCACGACAGAGUCGGUCCGUCCAGCGAAUCUGCUAGCAGCUUGAAGCGCUGAUGCAACUAACCUGCAACUACAGCCACGUAUCUCCUGGGUAGCAGAAAGUGUUCUUCCUCGCUAGAAGAAAUCAAGUAGUCCCUGUGAAACAAUACAUAUUUGACCAGCAGUGUAUGCUAUGCGUGUUAUGAUAUGAAUGUUUUAUGUAUUACCAGAUACUGCAGCUGUAUGAUAAUCAUUCAAACUCUCGCGACCAACCGCUUUCUUUACAUAUUCUUUUCUCAUUUUUAAGUUAAGGAACGUGCUAGCGGGAUUUUGUGUUUCUCGGAAGUGAGAAAGUGAGUCCUAAUUCUUGUAGGCGUUUACACCGGCCCGGAGAGUGAAAUUAUCUGGACCACUAACUUACAUCCAUAGGGCGGAGGAAUCUCUAGCACUGGGGGCUGAGCGCGUGACGCAGCUGGUUGCUAGGUGUGGGUGACCUAAUGCAUUGACUCAAUUAGCCGAUUCUCAGUCAUCAACUCCAUCACAACAAAGCAAGACCAAAAGCACUUUAGUCCUAGACACUCCGGAGGAGACAUGGCUUUUUAAUUUACUAGAGAAUUCGAUCCUAAAGAAACGCCGUGCUUUGCUUUUGCAACGCACCCCAAGCCCAAAACAUUUAAGCAAGAAUGGAGUUUCAUAAUGCACACCAAGCCCUAUUUUCUGUGGCUCAACUCUCAAACUUCACUAUCGUGCACUGUAAGCUCAGACGUUUGAAUUGUAGGACCAACCGAAAGGAUGAUGACAAUGUCAGCACCCAUUUGGAAGACUCUACUCGUCUGCCCGGCAGACCCCCUCACUCUCUCUCACCCACAGGCUAACCAGAGCCAAUCGGAGGGGCGCAGAGGGGAGGGGCCAGAGGAGAACCAGCACUUAAUUGGUGAUGGUCUUAGUGACUGGAUGACGGAAGAAGUAGAUUUCUCCUCUUACCUCCCAACCCCUCACUCCUCUCCCUCCCCCAAUGCAUCCCUUCCCCCCUCGCCCCUCCAGCAUGACAUCCAGGUGCCCUCAGAUUUGGAGGUCAUGACCUCUCUGCUGCAGGAGGAGCUUGCUCAGCUGGAGGAUUACUUCCUGUCUGACCCACUCCCAGAAAAAACCUCGAAACUGGGCAAAUGCGACAAGAGUCCAUCGGCAGUUGGUCCACCCUCGUACUACCAGUUGCCCUACGCAUCAUAUUCUACUUCCAACCAAUCCGAAUCCAGCCCUCUACUUGUUACCCUCGCAACUGGGGAACUUGACUUGCUGAGCUUUUGUGGGGGUCCCAUUGGCCGUACCAAGAUUGCUAGACAUGCCCCUUACAGUUGCAGCCGCCCCAACAGCAGCGUCUGCAGCCGCAAGAGAGUUUCCGAUGGCGUGAGGGUGGGUGACAGCUACGAGAGUAGCAUCUGGAGUUCCAAAGGAAAUUCCUCAGGUAACUCAGCUGUUGCAACUGGUGGGAGCUACAGCUGUGCUGAAGAUGAACGGGUGGUAGGCAAAGGCUACUGCCUAGGCAGUGCAGUGGAGAUCAGGAGAAGUGCCAUUUUACCCAAAGAGGAGAAGAACUGCCGCUACACGGAAGAGGCCGUCGGCACAAACAAGUCCGGCAGCAGCAGUGGGUACAAUUUUAGCGGAUCUGAUCAAAUUCCCCACAAGAAAGAAGAAAUUAUGAUGUACGGCAUUAGAGAAGUCAAUUUAAGUGGCAUAGGAGGAAGUGCAGAGAUGGAGAUGAUGAGUGAAGUCAAGAAUGGUGCUAAUGAUGUGAAGGCCAGCAUCCCCUGGAAGUCCGAGGCCAACGAAAGCUGUUUCCUCCAAAGUUCAUCCCAAGAAGAGGCCUACCACAGCUUCCUUGGGGCCAUCAAUGACCCAGUGAAGCCGGAGAGCAUUGAGAUCCUCCGGCAACAUAACUUCCACUGUGGCUUUCUCGAAGGCCAAAGCCCCGACUGCCUGAGCGGUGACCGCCACGGACCUGAAAUGGGGUCCCCCUGUGCCAGAGGAGUCUUUGAAAGCAUUGUGAAAGCAGACCUAGAAGUGCCACUAAUUGAAGUGAACCAUGGCGAACGCAAACAGAAGAAGAGAGACCAGAACAAGACUGCAGCUCACAGGUAUCGCCAAAGGAAGCGAGCAGAGUUGGACACAUUGGAGGAUCAGCUACAUGGUCUGGAGGGUAAAAACCGUGAGCUACGAGACAAGGCAGAAUCGGUGGAGCGGGAGAUCCAGUACGUGAAAGACCUCCUGAUUGAGGUGUACAAGGCCCGCAGCCAACGCCUCAAACAGGAAACCAGCACCUGACCAAAAGCUCGACCACCUGACAAUGGUCCUGCAAGUAGAAUUGUUAGCAGUCUGAAAGGCAAUGGAGAUUUGAGUUGUGUCUUUUUUUAGGAUGUGGUGGAGGUUGUACUAUUACACGUUACUCAAUCAUUUCAUUUUCGUUACAAACUGACAAAAGUCCAUCAACAGCUGCAGCACAGACAUCCACUUUCUCAGAAAUAACUCCAGAUCAGUCGAUAUGCACUGUGAUUAUGACUUUGAUUGUAAUGACAGCCGUUUUUUUUAUUGUUUUCUUCUAUGUUUCUCAAGAGUGGCUUGAUGGCUCAUCUUCUGGUUUCCAUAAAUGAACUUUAACAACGGAGCGUUUACUGUUCAGGAUUGACCACUGAAUAACGCAAGAUCAAAUCAAACACAUCUUCAUUUAUUUAGAAUAGGCUGUAAGGUAAUAUCACAAGUUCCGCAUAUGGCCUGCACUGAUUUUAAUUUAUACAGAAGCUGUUUAUUAUUUUACAUUUAUUUAUUAGCAGUUUUAACAUUUAUGGUUCUAAUACUAAUGAUGUACAAUCAGUACAACAUUGAUAGUUACUUUUUUCCUUCCAUAUAUUAAUUAAGGAAUGAGAACUGAUAUUAAAAGCAAUCUGUUUCUUAUAUAUCGAGUUUCAGGGGAAGCACUUCUCAAAAUAAAUUUCCCUCAGGAAUAAUGAACCUGAUGAUGUGUUUUUGAAUCCCCAAUUUUAGAUUAGUCCUGCAGCUCAGGUAUACGAUUUAUGUCCAAAGUCAUGGAGGUAUGUCAGUUUGUAACUCAAUGCUAAAGAUAUGGCACUGCCUAAUAAUGUUAUGUGUGUUGAUUCCCUGUAUUUUUGUUCUUGCAUGCAGAAGAUUUCAUGGCUCUUUAUAAAGAAGUUUGUUUUUCUUG